AUGAGAAUAGUUAUCUUAAUAUUACUCAUUUCUUUGGCAACAUGCGCUAAGAUAAAGAGUUAAAGUCCUUAAAAGUUGCAAGCUGAAUUAUAAAAGACAAAUUAUGGAAGAGCCUUACUUCACUUAGUUGAGUUACAUUCAAUGGCCGGAGGAUCAGUCUCAGAGUUAUUGGAUGCAAUAGAAGAACUUGUCAAUGAUCUAGAGGAUGGACUUGAGUUGCUUGACUUCAAUUUCCAACGCAGAACUAAUGAACACAAUGCUUUACUUGUUCAACUCAAUCAAUAGAUAUAAUAAGCAGUAAUCGAUGUUAGCAGAUCAGAUGAUGUUAUUGAGAAUCUUUUGAACCCAAGAAAGGAACAAUUGGAAUUAAGGAUUGCUACUUUGGAAGAAUAUUAGGAACAGAACAGACAAAAGGUGGAUGAAGAGAAUUUGACAAGAGAAUAAGAACAUGAGGCUUAUGAAGCAUAAGUAGCAGAAUUAAAUGACGCUACUGCUGCUGUAGAUGAUGCCUUGUCACUUUUAUCAACUCUCAACAAUCCAUCAUUGGCUUAGGUGAAGAAAUUCCAAAAUUCACUCAAAAAGAUAGAAUCCAACAUCAAACCCAGAAGCAAAAUGGCCCCAUUCUUAAAAGCCUUGAUCACAUUGGCUUCCAAUCAAAACUUCUCAGAUCAAGGAGUCUUGACUCAAAUUGUUGAUAGUUUGAAUGAAUUUAGAAAUGCUAUUGUCGAUUCCAUCAAUGAUUUAUCACUAUAAGAAGUUUAGGAUUAGGAAGAAUUUGAAGCCAGAGUCGAUCAAUUGAAUGCCGAAUAUGCUGAAUUCCAAAGAUAAAUCAAUGCUCUGAAUGUUGAUUUGACUGCAACUUUAGGUAUUUAGUGGUUUUGAACUUAAUAGAUAAAAUUGAUUAGGUAACUGCUUUCAGAGACUAAAGAGCAGCCGAUCAAGCUUCAUACGAAUAACAACUUUAAUUGGAAAACGAUCUCUAUGCCGAUGAAGUUCAGAUCUACACUGACACUAAGAAUGAAUUCUAACGUGAACAAGCCAUUAGUGAGCAGGCCUUAUAAUUAGUCUAAUCAGUAGAUUUUAGCAAUAUCCAAGUUUGAUAUAUUAAAUAUUAUCAUAUC